AUGGACCCGCUGCCUCCAGACCCGUACCUGGCACUAGGCCUGCCCAAGGACGUCGAUUCAGAGACCAUCAAGAAGACGUACCGGAAAUUAGUCCUCAAGUGCCACCCUGACAAAGUCACCGAUCCGUCAUUGAAGCUGCUGAAGCAGGAGGAGUUUCACAAGAUUCAGCAGGCCUAUGAGCUCAUAGGCGAGGAAGAAGCGCGUGCCCGCUACGAUGCCGAGGUGAAGCUGGAGUCGCUCCGCAGAGAGAAGGCUGCGAGAGGAGCCAGCGGCAGCGGGCCAGAGGUUCGGACAGCACGCUACGAUGUCCGAACUCAAGCCCCCGCAGGCGCAAGCUUCAAGGCUAACGGACCCGCUCGCUAUGAGGAGCACAAGUCAUCGCGGUACUCGGAUGACCGAUACUAUGAGGAGCGUUCACGCAAGUACGACACGUACGAAGCAUAUCCCUCGAAACAGAGCACCACGCGCAGCUCUCGCGAGAAAGUGAGCCCUCAGAAGACCACUCGAGAGACCUCCGACCGCGCGAGAUCCGACUAUAAAAAGUCGCGCGACAAGGAGCGAGAGAAGGAUCGCAGGCACGUUGCAUCAGAGAGAGAACGCGGCGACAGCGACCACUCUGCAGACGAAAAGGCACGCUAUGAAGCAGAGUAUAAGAGACGCAGUGAUGAUGCUCGCAGACGCGCAGAGGAAGACGAUGCGCGCAAGGCUGCUGCCGACCUGCGCCGCAAGGCAGAGGACAGGCGCUCGUACGAAGAUAGCAAGUAUGACCGCAAGCAGAAGCUGAGCGAGCAAGCUAGCGAUGCGAUGCGCUACAUCCGCAUGAGCUCCAAGGGAGACGAACGUCCUUCGCCGGGCAGGACCAACUCCUCGCGAGAUGUACGGGACUACUACGAUAGCCGCGACAGCCGCUCUCGACGAGAGCGACCAGAGACGGUUCGUCGGUCGUCCGCACGACCAAGGGACCGACAUUCGCCAACAGGUCGAGACCGGAAAGGCCCCGAAAUCGUUGACUGGGAACCUGAAGAUAGGAAAAUGCCCGCUUUCAAGCAUGCCUCGUCUUCGCCAGCUGAGAUCAACGUGCCGCGUGCGACACCGCAUCGGUCCCAUACAGAGUCGUCCCGCGACCACCGCCGUUCAGAGACAUCGCCUACGCCAAUGUUUCGCCGCUCCGAGACGAUGCCUACCGUGCCACAAGCUUCGUCUGCCAGUCGCAAAGCAUCGACUGCGCCUCGCCCUUCUGGUCUUCGUGAGUCAGUCACCCCCCAAGACUCUGGAGCUAGCAGUCCGGAAGCAUAUCCAACAGUCCCGUCGGCAGCUCCAACCAAACGCUACUACUACCCUACGCCUGGAGGAGGUGUCAGCUUAGCUCCCGAAGACAUGGGAGUGGGUAACGGGCAUCGCACUGUGCUACGCGAGCCAGAGCGACAGCGCCACCGCUCGCCAUCGCCACUCACUCGUCCACCCAUGGGCGCCAAUAGACCUUCCGAAACUUCCUCCGCACGAUACACCACUGCUGCACCUAGUAAAUCCUCGGUCCCGCCACCGCCACUCGGACGCUCCGCCACCACUAUGAACACUAAUGAGGAUCGCGGUCGACGUCUCUAUGGAGAGGUUGGCUCUGAUGCUACGCGACGCGAGAAUGCACGCCGUCAGACGAGCUUUUCGCCAGACAAGGUCUCUUAUUCACGAAAGAUCGGACCCGAAGACGUUCGGUGGGCACCUCAAAGCGGCAGCGGUCGUGAUCGGGACCGAGAGUACACGAAGCCUACAUUAGGCAGACAUGCUACGUACGUGUUCUAG